AUGGAGAUGAAGAGCAUCCUGAAAGCUAACAAAAAGGUGAGCACGCUGCUGAAGGUGGAGGACAGCAGCACCACCCAAAGCAGCUCCAUUGGGGCCGUACGCUGGACCCUGCCUGAGGAGAGCGUCCAGGCACACAGCUCGGCCCCCAGCAGACCUGCCAACCCCAACAGCGCCAACAAACACUCACAGCAGCAUCCUCGACAGAACGGCCUGAAGGAUCUGCGCAGCCUGCAGGAGUGUGUGCUGUUCAUCCAACACUGGAAAGAGCAAGUGGACCAAGUCUGCAAGGGUGGAAGUGAUCCAGAGGAAGGCACCAGCAAGAAAGAGGCCCAGAGCUCAGACCGGCGUACCGAGCGCAGUCUUGAGGAGAGCAGGAAACUGAUCCUGGAGUGGGCCGACGAGCUCCAUCAUGUCGACAAGCUCCUGAAGGAAACCCCCUGGGCACAUGAGGGUCAAGACCAUGAAAAUAAAGAAAACAAUGAUGCCAGUGAGGAAGUACAACUGAGGAUGAUGGAGUGGGCAAAGGAGCUGCAGAAAGCCACUGAGAGUUGUGGCGUGCAGAGCGACGAGCUGGGAAAAGUGUUGCGUCUGCUGGGCCUGAAGAAGAAGCGGCUGGUCAACCUGCUGCCUCUGCUGGAGUUCAUCACCUGGUCUCUGCUCAAGGAAGACAGCACGAAGAUGAUUCCACAGUUAUGGUUACUGGCAAAGCAAAGGACCUGGAAAGCAGGAAUUCCAAGAUACAUCCCCAACUCAGUUUGGAGCUGGAUUUGCAGUGCAUCAGCUGAUGUGAUUCUCGACCCCAUGACCAGCCACUCCUGGCUGCAGCUCUCAGACGACCAGCGCAUGGUCCAGGAAGGCCUCUCAGAAUCCAAAGUACCUUACAGCGCCCAGCGCUUCGACAGCUGGCCUUGCGUGCUGGGUUGGGAGGGCUACAGCAGCGGCCGCCACUACUGGGAGGUAGACAUAGCCAACAAUGGCUACUGGCGCGUUGGACUGACCACUGCCGACUCCAAGCGGCAGGGGCGAUUCCCCAUGACCCCAAAGCACGGCUACUGGGCCCUGUGGCGCAGCACUCACCAGUUCUAUGCCUGCGCUAAGCCAGAGGUGCUGCUUCCGGUCGGCCUCGUGCCUCGACGUAUGGGGAUCUACUUAGACUACGAAGAAGGUCAGAUCUCCUUCUACAACGCAGAAACAAAGUCCCACAUCUACACCUUCACUGGAACCUUCAAAGGGAAGCUGUACCCUCUGUUCGCCCCGCUGGAUGGUCGCACACUCAUGAGAAUCAUCCCACCACACAAAAUCUCAGUAAACUGA